GGAGAGGGUGGAGAAGAAAAAAGUAAUUCUCCGCCAGGAAAUUUCCCUGUGCAAACUCUCCAACCAAAGCGAGUAUAAGUAGAAAAUGGGGGCUGAAUUUCAAUGCAAAAUCAACGACAACGAAGGAGAAAGUCCCCAGGAGAGUUGUGUCCAAGGGGGCUGUGCUGCCGCUGCUCCGGUGGUGGUGGGGCUGCAGCCCGCCGCCCUGGUGGAUCAUGUGGCUAGGGUUGAUUUGGGUCUUCUCUCCCAAAUCCCCGGGGAGUGUGGUGGUUCCUUUCCUGUUGCAACUGAGGAGCUGAAACAUAUUUUGGAUAAGGUUAAUGCCUAUGUCCUUCCAACCACGGAAAUUCCUUCUCCGUUGAAGACCAUAGCUGGAGGAAGUGUAGCAAAUACUAUCAGAGGCUUGGCUGCUGGAUUUGGGAUUCAAUGUGGAAUAAUUGGGGCCUAUGGGAAUGAUCAACAAGGAAAGUUAUUCGUAAGUAACAUGAGCUCUUACAAAGUGGAUAUCUCUCGGUUGAGGCUGAAGAAUGGACACACAGCUCAGUGUGUUUGUCUGGUUGAUGAACACGGCAAUCGCACAAUGCGUCCAUGUCUUUCAAGCGCUGUGAAAGUUCAGGCAGAUGAAUUGAAAAGAGAGGAUUUCAAAGGGUCAAAGUGGUUAGUGCUAAGAUAUGCAAUACUAAAUUUUGAUGUUAUCAAUGCGGCUGUUCGGAUAGCCAAACAAGAAGGCCUCUGUAUUUCGCUAGAUCUGGCCAGCUUUGAGAUGGUGAGGAAGUUUAGGCAACCACUUAUCGAGUUAUUAGAGUCGAGGAAUAUAGACCUUUGUUUUGCAAAUGAGGAUGAAGCAAAAGAGCUGCUAAGUAGUGAAGAAGAUGCAGAUCCUGAGGUGGCGCUUGAAUUCAUGGCCAAACACUGCCGGUGGGCAGUUGUAACCCUAGGCCAAAACGGGUGCAUUGCGAAACAUGGAAAUGAGGUUGUGCGGGUUCCAGCAAUAGGAGAGUCGAAGGCGAGCGAUGCUACGGGGGCGGGAGACUUGUUCGCGAGUGGAUUUCUGUAUGGGCUGAUAAAGGGUCUGUCUCUCGAAGAGUGUUGUCGUGUGGGGUCGUGCAGUGGGGGGUCUGUCAUCCGAGCUCUCGGAGGUGAGGUGACACCCGCAAACUGGCAAUGGAUGUACAAACAAAUGCAGGCCAAGGGACUCUCCACCCCUCACCCCAUCAAUCAUCAGAAGCUCUUUUGAAACAGGAGAAUCAUAGGACAUUUCUAUGUUUUUAUUAAGAUGUUUGCAAUACCUACUUCUCUUUUUCUUCCAAUCCCCCUCUCCACCCUCUUCCCCUCAAAAAGAAAGGAUUAGGAAGAAGAAAAAGAAAAACAAUGAGGUUUUGUUUUUUGGUGUUAUCUUAUGUUUGAACCUUUGUCCUUCAAGAUUCAAUACAAUCAAAUGUUUUGGUUAAUUUUGGA